AUGCUACUCCAACACAGUAUACUUCUGGAGGUUCUACCGUUUUUACUGUUUUUACCAUUCAUAAAUGCGGAUUCAAAGCCCUACUUCCGCUCCGUUAGCUAUGAUCGCGAGCACUAUGGCGCAUGGCCCCUACAGAGCUACCACUCUUCCUCAGUCUCCGGUUUAAUAUUGAAUUACUGGCAUCGCAGUCGUGCCUGUGAAGAUGGGGGAUUUACGCUCAUCGCACCACGCGGUGACUCAGUCCGACACAAAGGGCCGAUGAUCCUAGAUCAGAAUGGAGACCUGGUCUGGUUCAAGGAGUACGGCACAACGUACAAUUUUAAUAUCCACACCUUUCGCGGAGAGGAUUAUCUUACAUUCUGGGCUGGAAAUGAUGGGAUUCGUGGACAUGGCAAUGGGUUUUAUUAUAUGCUCAAUUCUCGAUACGAAGAAAAGUACAAAAUCAGCAGUGUCAACGGCCUUCCUGCAGACUUUCAUGAGUUUAAUAUCACGCCUGAUGGAACUGCUGUUUUUAUUGUAUAUGAAACCCGACCUGCGGACCUGCGCAUUGUCGGUGGACCAGAAAAUGGUUGGAUUUUUGACGGUGUCUUCCAAGAAGUCGAUAUCGAGACCAACGAGCUUCUCUUUCAAUGGCGCGCAUCCGAGCAUUUCAGUCUGGAUGAUGGUUACCGCGGAACGGAGGGUAAUGGGGAUUCACAGGAUGCACCGUGGGACUUCUUCCAUAUGAACAGCAUUGACAAAGAUGCCCGAGGCAAUUUUCUGAUUUCCUCACGGUAUAUGAGCUGUCUCACUUAUAUUGACGGAAAGACCGGUGCGGUCAUCUGGAGACUUGGUGGAAAGUACAAUUCUUUCGCCGAUUUAUCAGAUGGUGCGGCGACGAAUAUCAGUUGGCAACACCAUGCUCGGUUCCAGGAGGACAAUGCAGAUAUAGACCCGGAGUCAGAAGAUCACCCGAAGCGAGCGAUUACCAUUUUUGACAAUUCAUCUCGAGGCGAAGGUGCCCCCGAAAAUAGAAGCCGGGGAUUGUUCAUCGACAUCGACGAAAAGAAACUCACAGCUCGUGUCAGACAUGAGUACUGGAAUCCCCUGCCGAUUAGUAGCCAGUCACAAGGAUCAACACAACUACUCGACAAUGGAAACGUGCUCGUUGGAUAUGGACACAACGCGGCUUGGACCGAAUUUUCCAUGGACGGCGAAGUACUAUGUGACGUACAUUUCGGACCUUCUGGCGGAUUUGGGGAUGGAAACAUCCUCUCAUACCGCGUUUUCAAACAUCACUGGGUCGGAAGACCGAGGUCAUCUCCUGAUGCAGCAUUCGCAGGGACAUACGUCGCGGUCAGUUGGAAUGGAGCCACAGAGGUGAAGAGUUGGGUUCUGGAGGGAGCUGUUGAUACAAGGAACGGAAGUGACGGGAGUGAGUUCAAUGAUUGGAAGAUACAGCAUCCGGAGCAUCUCGAUGAGUUCGUGUUUGUCUCUGCUGUUCCCAAGUCUGGAUUUGAGACUGUAGUUCCUGUUCCUUCCGACAUGCCCUAUCGAACCCUGCGCGUUGUUGCGAUUGGCGCCGAAGGGGAAUUUCUGGGUAUGACUGCUACUGUAGAAUGGAAACCAGAAGAAUACAGCAAGGAGAUCUUGACUGUUCAUGGCAGCGAAGAUGAUUCUGUGACUGAGUCUGGCCAGGGGGACUUUUGGAUGUUUGUGGUUGGUUCGAUGACUGCUGCACUCGUUAUGUUAUGCGCAUGGUUGAUCAGGAUUUGUGUUCGAGAGGGUUCAUUUGGACCGUUCUUCGGAGCAAGAACUGAUAGAGAGGCAAAACACGAAGAGUGGCAGUCCCCCAACUCUCAGGAGCUGAACGAACUGUUCGAGUUGAGCGAUUCGGAAGCCGGAGACCAGCCUGAGUCUCACCUCUUGAGAAAAGAGGACAGAGAUGGGAUAUCGUGA